AUGUACCCAUGCAAGCCGGAGCGUGAUCAGAGUUCUGGAAGUCAUUGAAAGGCUCAAUUUCGAAGUUCUUCCCAAUUUUACAGUAAGCACUUCCCAUCAACUAUCCCCUCAUGUUCCUGAACAAAGACACAUCAGGCCCCCGUCCACGUCGCGGCGAUUGUGCUCUUGAUGAACAUAUGGAGAAAUCAAUAUUCUGUCGUUCCACAAGAUACAAGCAAAGACAUGGAUGAUGUACGCCACUCCCUGAAGGCCACUGCCAAUUAUGAGAAGAAAUAUCCUAUAGCAGGAAUGAUCAAUGAUGCAUUGAGUUCUAUGAUAUACAUGGUCGAGCUUUACUUCGCGGAGCAAAGUGCUAUUCAGGCAAGCCCUACGGCUUCUGGUUCCAUGUCGGUCGACUCUGCGUCUACCCCCGAUGAUAUGUUGCAAGCGCCAAUCGAUAUCAACAGUCCUACGACCAGCUCAGGCCUUUCAGUCUCUUCCAAUCUCGGAGCCAUCCUGGAAAGUCCUCUUUAUCACCCAAGUAUUCAUCCACCUACCACAAUAGGCUCCCAAAAAAUCACAACCGCGGAGCAAACUUAUACCUCCGAUUUUUUAGACUACUUUGCAGGCGCCGCCGUGCCUCACCAAAUGGACGUCGCUUCUGGAUACUUGACAGAGUACUCGCAGGUGAAUGUACCCUCCUUCGGCGCCGCUGUCCCGGAAGAAGAAGACUGGAAUGCGUUUAUGGCGGAUGUUGACAAAUUUUUGCUGGCUGUAGACCCAAGGAACUCUUUUGUAUCGUUACCUGAUGAUGAUGUUCAGCAGGUAGGUCGAUAUAGAUAGACACAUAGAUAGCGACGUCAACAUACUAAGCUGUAUUUUUUUGUUCUGACCAUCCACCGAUCCGAAGAUGGUAAAGGUUCAACCAGCUGGAUACCAGCCUACCGUCUAUCAUCGCCUAAAUUUGAUGCUGUGUGGUAUGAUAGUACCAACUUCGCCUAAUCAGUCUUCGGCCCAUUGAUCAUUCCAUACUCCGCGUUUAAGUGCUUCCACAUAACACAGAUUGGACAAUUCCUGGCGCAUAUUAGCCGUGUUACUA